CGAGGUUGAAAACGCUAAAGUAGGCAGGAAGAGUCCUUUACGGCACCGGCUUUUUUGGGGGGGGUUUGUGAAAUCACUUAUCAAUCCAACUGCCAAGUCAAACGGGAGGAAUUCACCGGCUAUAGCCAAGAAAUUGGCAGUGGACAUCUUCAAUACCAGUAGAAGGUAUCACUGAAGUGACUUUCGUGGCACAUUACAACAAAAACUUGUUGAAAUUUACAGUAUAUUGACUAAGUUACAUUGUAACGCGGCUCAGCAUCCACCUCAUCACUUCUCAGUUGGCAGACGUAGCUAAACUAGCUAACGUUAGCUAGCUAACUAUUUUUGCCGGUUGCUAGUACGCCAACCGAGUUAGCGGAGAAUUAAAGAAGUCAACCGUUAUGGGCCAAACCUGGAUAACGGUGGAAUGAGAUAGUUACAUUGCAAAGUUUACAUUUGACUGUUUAGUCUGCACUACUUUUUAGCAGUCCUUCUGAGCACGUGACGUGGUGGCUAAAAUAGACUUGUCCAUAUUUGGCAGCUUGCCAAGCUACUCCAAUUUACAUUACAUUUAGAUAUGGUAAAAUAUCGCCUAUCGAUUGUAGUAGUUUGAUAAUAUUGGUUCCAUCCGUAUGAUGCACAAGCAAGGGUCGUUCGUGUCCCCCUUGCUCAGCGGGGUCUUUUGUCAAUGCCAAGCAGAUGAGGCGCACCGGGGUUCUGACCCAGGUGGCGGGGUCGAGGAUACUGGAGGUCCGUCCUUUCCAUCCCCACCUCGGGCUCAGCCGUUGUCAGGGGUGAACACAGGUUCCUGUGAUGACUCCUGUGAACCAUCGUAUCUAUGCGAACUUUGUGGUGGACCCGAGCAGGACCACAGACUGAAAGUGCUGUUUCAAGUCCUGGACGUGAAUGGUGAUGGGGGCAUCUGCGUCAACGACCUGUCCAUUGGGCUCAAGAAACUGGGCGUUCAUCGCACAGAACUCGAGCUUAUGAAAAUAGUUAAAGCGGGAGAUAAGGACCUGGACGGCCAGUUGGACUUCGAAGAGUUUGUCCACUAUCUGAGAGACCACGAGAAGAAGCUCCGGCUGGUCUUCAAAAGCCUGGACACUAAGAACGAUGGUCGUAUUGACAAGCAGGAAAUCAUGCAGUCCCUUCGAGACCUGGGGGUUAACAUCUCCGGGCAGCAGGCAGAGAAGAUCCUCAAAAGUAUGGACAAGAAUGGCACGAUGACCAUCGACUGGAACGAGUGGAGAGACUACCACCUACUGCACCCCGCCAAUAACAUUCCCGAGAUCAUCCUGCACUGGAAACACUCAACGAUAUUCGACGUGGGGGAGAGUUUGAUGGUGCCAGAUGAGUUUACAGCCGAGGAAAAGAAGACUGGGAUGUGGUGGCGACACCUAGUGGCUGGAGGGGCAGCCGGCGCCGUGUCUCGAACCUGCACCGCACCCCUGGACCGGCUCAAAGUGCUCAUGCAGGUCCACGCCUCCCGUACCAACAGCAUGUGCAUCGCCGGCGGCUUCACCCACAUGAUACGCGAGGGCGGUAUGUGGUCACUAUGGCGAGGCAAUGGAAUGAACGUAAUCAAGAUCGCCCCUGAGUCAGCCAUCAAGUUCAUGGCUUACGAGCAGAUCAAACGUUUGAUAGGCAGUAACCAGGAGACACUGGGCAUCCUGGAGAGGUUUGUGGCGGGCUCUCUGGCUGGAGCCAUCGCCCAGAGCAGCAUCUACCCCAUGGAGGUGUUGAAGACCCGGCUAGCCCUGAGGAAGACGGGACAGUUCUCUGGCAUCGCUGACUGCGCCAAACACAUCUUCCGGAAGGAGGGCAUGGCCGCCUUCUACAAGGGCUACAUUCCCAACUUGAUAGGCAUCAUCCCCUACGCUGGCAUCGACCUGGCUGUCUACGAGACUCUGAAGAACUCAUGGCUGCAGCGCUAUGCCACAGACAGUGCUGACCCGGGGGUGUUCGUGCUGUUAGCCUGCGGUACCACCUCCAGCACCUGUGGACAGCUGGCCAGCUACCCCCUGGCCCUGGUCAGGACCCGAAUGCAGGCUCAAGCCACCAUCGAGGGCGGUCCCCAGAUGACCAUGUCGGGGCUGUUCAAACACAUUGUGAAGACUGAGGGUGCAUUCGGACUUUACCGAGGCCUGGCCCCAAACUUCAUGAAGGUCAUUCCAGCGGUCAGCAUCAGCUACGUGGUCUAUGAGAACCUCAAGAUGAGUCUGGGGGUGGUGUCACGUUGAGGCCUGGGGGGAGAAGGAGGUAUCACCUCCCCUUAAGACCAAAUUGAUAAUUUUUGCUUUGCCAAGCAACGGUGUGGGUGACGGGGGGGGGGAGAGAAUCUCAGCAGACAGAGCUGGGGUUGUUAGAGACAAUCUCAUUCUGUAAAUGUUAUGAAGACAGGCGGGGAGAGAUAUUACAACACUAAGGACAAAAAAAACGAUGGAGAGUUUGGAACGGACACUAUGACUGGAAGGGAUGGAGAUCCUCUCCACGUAGCUGUAACCUUAAAGUAUCAUUAUGUAAGGAGUUAUUUUGUUAUCAAUCCAGAGGCACAACACCAUGAGUCCACUGUUGGCUUUUUAUUAUCAAAUUGAAGACUCGGGUGAACUGAAAAACAAUCUCUUCUCUGGAACUCCAGUAUUCUCCAACUUGCUUGAAAUUUGUUAACGGAAAUGUAUUUACUGUUAUGUUCACUCAAUAGUACUAUCCUAUAGGUGGCAGUAUUAGUCAACCUAUCUGGCUUGUGAAAGACUCCUUUUCUAAUUGUCAUCUAAAGUUGUCCUAUGUAAUAUGUAUCCGCCUUAAUGCAGCAUUCAUUAACAUGUAAGAGGCUGCAACUAUUAGGGCAUUUGCUGUUAUUUGUCUGGAGGGAGCAAAACCUCAACUCACAAUUUUGAUUAAUCUGGUUAAUUCCAUAUUUUUCCGUUUUCUCAUUGUAUAGCUUGAUGAGAAUGUUAAACGACUGAUGUGAACAGAACGGGCGAUGCCGGUUGGAUGCCCAUAGUGUGUUAUUGUCCACUUAGUCUUAAAACCGCUGGUAAGAAGUGUGUAUGUCUUGAUGCUAAGACAUUUUUUUUGUAUUGUAACCAGAUAUUUAAAUAAAUAUGGUCCAAGACAGGCAACGCUCAAAGAAUGGAUACUGUUAGCAGAUGUUUAGUUAUGAUACUAUAACAUAUUCAGAAACUGUUAAUAUAUUGUUUUUCAAGAUACAAUGCAACACAUAAUGAUACCUACUGAUCAAGGUUUGAGACGUUACGCUGUCACUUCCUGUGUAACAUUUCAGACAGGAAGAUGGCGGUAUUGAGUCGUUUCUGGGGGUGGGAAACAGGGAAAAUGUGUAUGUUUCAUUUUGAAAGACCAUUUUCCACCAUCAUGCUACAGUGGCUAAUUCUACUCCCGGUCCACAGUAGCAUUUUGAAAGACCAUUUUCCACCAUCAUGCUACAGUUGCUAAUUCUAGCCCCCGGUCCACAGUAGCAUUUUGAAACUAUAUCGUUUUUUUAAUGCCCAUAUUGACAUACUAUAUACUUAAUUAAUUUUAGUAUACGGGAAACAAACGGCAUCGUUUCAGUUGAGCGUACUAGAGCAUCGCCUGUCUACCGGAAGUGGAUGCUGUUGCUAUGGAACCUUUUGCUAGCUUGUUAGCAUAACAAAUGACUAGCUAAACAUUUUACGAUUUCGGGUGUGUUUGUAAAUUCAAUCUGGAGGGAUAGUGCACUCUGGGCGUUCGUAAAUCCAGAGUCCCUUUGGUAAAUUCAUCAGUUAUUGUGUGCGAGAGUGCUCUGAAAUCGGAGUAGAUGUAGAAUGAUGUAAAUAAUCAUGUCACUAAACGUUGGGUAGUUAGUUAGAUGGCUAAUAUGCUGUCUGUCAAGUUUGAUGUUUUAGUAACUAGUUAACAUACCUGUACAUACUGCUGUAAUGCUAUAUGGUUCGUUAUUAGAAAAGUCAUUACAUUGCUCAACAUUUGUCAAAAUUCGUUGAAGCAAUUCAUUUGUAUCUGCUCUCGUUGUACUUCGGGUGCAUAUUUUAUGCCAUUUUCUUUAAAUCUGAAAACUUGAAGCCACGCACAUUUUCUGAAUUGCAUUAUGGGCCCUAAAAGCAUCCACUGCAUGUAUACUUGGUAUUUUGGCAAACUUUUGGCAUAUUAUGACCAAUAAACAUACUACAUACUCAAUUCAUGUCACAAAUAGUACAGUUAGUGCGGUUAGUAUGAGUAUUGGAACGCAGGUCAGGGGUGAAAAGACAGACUGCUGCAACCCGAUACACAACAACCAACAUUAUUCACUGUAUCGUGGUGGUGGAAAAUGGUGUUUCAUAAAGAAAGGACAGACAUUUUCCCUGUUUUUUCGGUCUUCUCUCCAUUAAAUCGAGUUAAGGAAGGAAUCGAGGCCUUUGCGGCCUGAAUGGAGAAUGUUUUCUGUACAAUCCGGCCCACGGGGAUACGAGUAUAAAGCCGGCUGCAUAGAUUUUCUUUGGACGGUAAAAUGAAAUUACUCGAUAUCAACAUCUGACAGCCUUUGAGCUAGUAUUUCUUGAGUUCGGGACUUGUUUGUUUUGAGUUUAGUUGGUUGUCACUAUUUACCUAAAUGCUUUUUCUAGUUGGUGCAGCUCCACAAAAAUAAGUACUAAUCUUUUGCACUUUUGCUUUAGCAAAUACCGGAGCCCGAAUCCAUAUAUUCUCUCCACAAGAGGAUGGAAAAGGCUGUGUCUGUAUUAUUGUACCCCACCUAAGGAUACCACUCCAUACUGCCUGAAGUGUAGCGCCUCAUUUCCUGCAUUGACGAGCAGGAAAUCAGAUUACGCUUUUGUGAACUCGAAAUUCAUAUUGUCCCCCUAUAUCGCUGAAGGCUAAAAUGUAUAGUGUAUCUAUACACUAUACAAAACAUUUAAGAACACAUUCUUUUUCCAUGAUGUAGACUGACCAUGGGAAUCCGGGUGAAAUGAUCCCUUAUUGAUGUCACUUGUUAAAUCCACAGCGGUUGUUGAAGAUGAAAGGGAGGAGACAUGUUAAAUAAGGAUUUUUAAGCCUUGAGACAAUUGAGUCAUGGAUUGUGUGCCAUUCAGAGGGUAAAUUGGAAAGACAAAAGAUUUAAGUGCCUAUGAACGGGGUUUGUUAGCAGGUUUCAAGUGCAUCAGUUUGUGUUUAGAACUCCCAACGCUGCUGGGAUUUUCAUGCUCAACAGUUUCCUGUGUGUAUAAAGAAUGGUCCACCACCCAAAGGACAUCCAGCCAACUCGAUAUUGGGAAGGUGUUCCUAAUGUUUGGUAUAUUCAUUAGUCUUUAUGUGGUCUCUUGAAUCAAAACAGCUCAUUUCACGGUAUUGAAAUAUUUUGCAAAACAUAUCCAGACUAAAUCUUCAUUUACAGUGAGCUACAAAAGUAUUGGGCCAGUGACAUGUUUUUGUUUUGGUGGUUCUGUACUCCAGCACUUUGGAUUCCUAAUGAUACUAUGGGGUUAAAGUGCAGACUGUUAGCUUUAAUUUAUCUUUGUCCAUAUUUGGUGACCGUUUAGAUAUGACAGCACUUGUACAUAAUCCCUCCAUUUUAGGGAGUCAAAGGUUUAGUACAGUAUAUGGUCCCAUAUUCCUAGCACACAAUGAUGAUUACAUCAAGCUUGUUACUCUACAAACUUGUUGGAUGCAUUUGCUGUUUUGUUUUGGUUGUGUUUCAGAUGAUUUUGUGCCCAAUAGAAAUGAAUGGUAAAUAAUGUGUUCGGUCAUUUUGGAGUCACUUUUAUUGUAAACAAGAAUAGAAUGUUCUCAACACCUCUACGUUCAUGUGGAUGCUACCAUGGUUACGGAUCAUCCUGAAUUGUGAAUGAGUGAGAAAGUUACACAAAUCUCAUACCCCCCCCC